AUGGAUCCGGCAAGGAGUUGGAUGUAUGCUAGGAAGCUACAAGAUGGACAACUGAACCCAGAGUUUGUUAAAGGAUUGGAAGCAUUUAUCAAAUUUGCUUGUAGCAAGCCGGAAUUUAUGGAUGCGAGUAAAAUCAGAUGUCCAUGUAAAAAGUGCAUAAAUCGAAAAUAUCUAAAUGUGGAUGAUGUCACAUUACAUCUUAUGAGGUGGGGGUUUAGACCAAAUUAUCAUGAAUGGACUGCACAUGGUGAAUCACCAAUUCCAUCAAUGACUGCCGCUGAAGUGACAGUUCCAAGUGCAGAACUUUUUCAGAGUGAUAAUAAUAUGUACCAUAAUUUAGUGUUUGAUGCUUCCGGUCCCCAAUUUCAAAAUAUGGGUUCAGAUGCUCCUUCUCCAGAUAUUGCAUUUGAGAAUAUGGAAGAACCACCCAAUCCAAAUGCACAAAAAUUUUAUGACAUGCUAAAUGCAGCUGAAGAGGAAUUAUGGCCUAGUUGUGAAAGACAUUCACAAUUAUUAGCUGUAGCUCGUAUGUUAAAUAUUAAGUCAGAGCAUCAUUUGUCUGAGAAAUGCUACGAUGCAAUUGUGAAUUUCAUUAGGGAAAUAUUACCCGAUGAUAAUCAAUUUAUUGACAGUUUCUAUAAGACAAAGAAGCUUAUACGUGGGUUAGGUCUACCAGUUGAGAAAAUUGAUUGUUGCAAGCUUGGUUGCAUGAUUUAUUGGGGGGAAGAUAUCAAUUUAACAGAAUGCAAAUUUUAUGGGCAGACAAGAUACAAGUCUCAAUGUGGGACAGAGAAGGCAAGAGUACCAUAUAAGAAAAUGUAUUAUUUUCCUCUGACACCAAGGCUUCAGAGACUUUAUGCUUCUGAGGCAACAGCUGCACACAUGCGAUGGCAUGAUGAGCAUAACAUGGAAGAUGAUGUCAUGUGUCAUCCAUCUGAUUCUGAGGCAUGGAAGCACUUUAACCGUACCCAUUCAUUGUUUGCAAGUGAAAGUCAAAAUGUUAGACUGGGUCUGUGUACUGAUGGUUUUCAACCAUUUGGACAGUCAGGACAACAAUACUCGUGUUGGCCAUUGUGGGAAGUGGGGGUGCAGACAUAUGAUGUAUCUAAGAAGCAAAAUUUCCAAAUGAGGGUUGCUUUGAUGUGGACAAUUAGUGAUUUUCCUGCAUAUUCAAUGCUCUCCGAGUGGAGCACUACAGGGAGAUUAGCAUGUCCAUACUGCAUGGAUCACUCAGAUGCAUUUUCACUUAGUCAUGGAGGGAAAAUUAGUUGGUUUGACAAUCAUCGUAAGUUUCUUCCAGAUAACCAUCCAUUUAGACGGAACAGGGUAAAUUUCCUUAAAGGAAAAGUAUGCAUGUCUGAGUCUCCUCCAAUUUUAAGCAGUGAAGACACUUUUUUGCAAAUAGAAGAUUUAGGACUGAGGAGGGUAAUAGACAGUGAUGGUGAAGUGAAGGAAAAAACGAAGGAUAAUGCAAAAGCCAGGGAAGAUGUGGCACAUUUAUGUCGCAGAAAAGAAUUGGAGAGAAAUUUGCAAACGGGUAAAUAUCCAAAGGCAUGUUAUGUUCUUGAUAAACAGCAGAAGCAGGUUUUAUGUGAGUGGGUGAAAAACCUUAAGUUUCCAGAUGGUUAUGUGUCUAACAUGGGAAGGUGCAUUGAUGUGCAUAAGUACAAGCUUUUUGGCAUGAAAAGUCAUGAUUGUCAUGUUCAAGAUAUGAAGCGUCUGGAAUUAGAAAUUCCCAUUAUUAUUUGCAAAUUAGAGCGCAUAUUUCCUCCUGCCUUCUUUGACUCAAUGGAGCAUCUUCCCAUCCAUUUGCCAUAUGAAGCAAAAAUUGCAGGCCCAGUACAAUAUCGAUGGAUGUAUCCUUUUGAGAGAUUUCUACGCCAUUUGAAGCAAAAUGUAAAGAAUAAAGCAAAAGUAGAAGGUUCAAUAUGUAAUGCAUACUUAGUUGAAGAAGCAUCUAAUUUUUGUGCGCAUUAUUUUGAACCUCAUGUAUUAACACGGGAUCGACAAGUACCCCGUAAUGAUGAUGGUGGGGAUAAUGCUAAUAUCGAAGGUAAUUUAUUAAUCUUCAACUAUCCCGGUCGACCAUAUGGCAUAGCAAAAAUGAGAGUGUUGGCUGAUGAUGAAUAUAAGGCUGCUCAAAUAUAUGUCCUCUUAAAUUGCCCUGAAAUUGACACAUAUGUCAAUUUGUUCUUGACUGAGUUGCGACAGACAUCCCGUAAUAUUAGUGAUGCAGAAAUUAAUGAAGCAUUAGAAAACAAAUUUGCAGAUUGGUUCAAAUCUUAUGCAAGGCAUUCAAAUAUUGAGAACAAAUUCAUUAAGGAUUUAGCGGAGGGGCCAUUGAGAAGUGUGAAAUCAUAUCCUAUGUAUUUCAUAAAUGGUUAUAGAUUUCACACAAGCAGUCAUGGUGCUAAUCGAUCUACGAUGAAUAGCGGUGUUUUCAUUAGGGGUUCAACAUACGGUGACAACUCUAAUGAUUACUAUGGAAUCUUGAAAGAAGUAGUUCAAAUAGAGUAUCCUGCAUUACCAAUAAAGAGAACUAUUCUUUUCAAGUGUGAAUGGUUUGAUCUAACUCCGGAUGUCAGUAUUAAGGUUCACAAACAGUAUAACAUUGUGGAUAUCAAUCUCCGAAAAAGAUUAAAUAAAUAUGAACCGUUCAUACUUGCUUUGCAAGCUGAACAAGUGGUUUACCUCCCUUAUCCUAUCUUGAGAUGA